AUGGCUGAAGCUUCAGAAGAUGUACAACAUGCAAAUAAAUUUUUCUGGCAUCAACGUAGCAUCGAUUUGAUUGGAAAUGGAGCCUUUGGAAGGGUUCACAAAGGUCGAAAUCAAGAAACGGGUGAGUUCGUGGCGAUCAAAACCUGCAAUAAAUUCAACACUCAACAGCAUCUCCGUGAAAUUGAAAUUUUGCGACAAAUAAAUUCUCCAUAUAUCGUCAAAUUUAUUGCCUCUGGCACGAUUGAUCAAGAAGAUGUGAAUGAAACUCAACAAAUGGUGCUCAUCAUGGAGUUGGCGGAUGGUAGUGUAAGAGAUGAGCUGAAGAAAUUGGAAAAUAUGUUUGGUCUGCCGUAUCAAAUUCUUUUGCAGUUAAUCGACCAUCUUGAAAAAGGAUUAUCGUAUCUGAAUUCAAAGAAGAUUGCACAUCGAGAUGUAAAACCUGAAAACUUAUUAGUUUUCGAUAAAUAUGGGAGGAUGAUCUUCAAACUAUGUGAUUUUGGUGGUUCGAGAUUUCUUACUGAUAACUUUCAACCGUUGCAUUCCAUUUGUGGUACACCAGGAUAUCUUAAUGAAUAUUCAACGGCCAAUUUAGCCCAAAAAACAACGGCCCUGUCAUAUACGAAAGACGAAUGUGAUCUGUGGUCAGUAGGUUGUACGUUAUUCGAAUGUGCCACGGGUGUUUUACCUUUUGUACCACCAAAAGGACCAGCAGAUACACUUGGAAUGUAUAAUAUGAUGAUUAGUCGACCAGCAAAUGCUAUAUUUGGUCGGGCAAGUGAAACGGGUGAAUUUUUGUGGCAGAAAGAUUUUCCCAGUGGACGUUGUUUAUACCCGGAGAGUUUCCGUCGUAUUCUCGGAGAAUUCAUUCGGCAUUUGUUUGAUAGACGUGAAGCAACUCGUCUAACGUUUAACAAAUUUGAUGAAAUGUGCAAAGAGCUGUUAAAUUUGAAACGAAUACGUGUUUUUAAGAUGAACAUUAUGUGCUUGGAGGAGUACUUUGAUACUUCAGCUGUUAAUCAUUUCGAGAAAUCCUAUUUUGAUGUUUACGUGAAGACUGGUAUGCCAGCACAUAAUUUGAUCUGUCUGUUAACACUUCCAACUGGUUCCGCGGUUGUUUGCAAAUUAUCUCCAUUUCCUAUGGACUUAAUCGACCGCUGUUCUGAUAUUAUUGUUAUGGGACUUCAGAAUAGUGAAAAUUAUAUUUUGCCAAUCAAAUUACCAGAACUAAUUGUGCAUUCACCGUUUCCGCAGUGCAAUCAUGAUCCAACCUUUCAUGAGAUGAAACUUGCGGCUGCGAGUACGUUGAGCGUGGAACGACAGACAUAUGAAUUGCAGGACACAAUACCGGAUGUUAUUCGAAUUUUGCGUUCGGUACAUAACAAAUUACUGAAAGAAGCUGAGAUUUUAACGCAUGAUUGCAAUUUUGCAAGCCGCUUAGCAAAACAGCUACGUUUACUCUCGAAAGCAAUUGCGUUGAGCAAGGAAACAGCGGAAGAACGUAAGGCGGUUGAAAAUAACGCACUUUCAGUUGUACGAGAAUUGAACUUUAUUAGAGAGGCAGUGAAGUGGAUUUGUAGCAUGUUGCAGCAAAUUGAUGUACGUAUCGCUGUUGUUCAGUCGAAACACAUCACGAAAGAGCCAUCCUUGAAGGUUGAACUUGAAGCAGUUGUGAAGCUUCGAACUUUCUCACCGUGUAACCGUGCUUCAGAAAAUGUUUUACAGAUGGAGACAGAUAGGAAAUAUUUGUUGAAUUCUUAUGAAAAAACGGUGAGAAAUUAUGAUGAAAAACUGAAGCAACUCUGUGAUAUUUUCAUGGGACCAUUGCAAAUGAUAGCUAGGGAUAUGUUCGAUUUAUCGCACAAACUUUUUAAAACAAAAAAACAAUUAGAGGAAACUCUGCAGCUGAUUGCUAUCACCGAGCAAACCAAUGAGUGUCGCCUGCAAGCUGCUGAAAAAGAAAAUGGUAGUUCAUACAACGCCCUAUCGAAACCAAUGGUCAGAAGUGAACUUUCCUCGCUAUUAAAAGAAUUCGAACUGCAUGCUAGACAGCAGAAAAUCAAUGCAGCGACUUCCUUGGCUUUAACGAAAGAAUGGCUUCUCGAUAUGAAAGAUUAA